GUUCCGUGGCACCCCCGCCCCGUGGCUACCAGUCGCCGGACCUUCAAGAACACAGACCCGGACCCCGCGCCCGUUCGCACCCUUCCCGCUGGACAUGCCGUUCGUUGAGCUGGACACGAGCUUGCCCGCCGGCCGCGUUCCCGCGGGGCUGGAGAAGCGGCUCUGCGCGGCCACUGCCGCCAUCCUGAGCAAGCCUGAGGACCGCGUGAACGUGACGGUGCGGUCCGGCCUGGCAAUGGUGGUGAACGGCUCGGCGGAGCCCAGCGCCCAGCUGCUCGUCUCCUCCAUCGGUGUGGUGGGCACGGCCGAGGAGAACCGCGGCCACAGCGCGCGCUUCUUCGAGUUCCUCACCAAGGAGCUGGACCUGGCCGAGGACCGUGAUCCGCUUUUUCCCCUUGGAGCGCUGGCAGAUUGGCAAGAAGGGGACAGUCAUGACCUUUUUAUGACGGGCGUGUAGGGCACCCAGGGCCUCUGAGCUGACAGCCCUUCCAGAGAGGCCUCCUGGCAGCGAGGGCCUGGUGGACAGCAGCUUCUGGCACCUCUGUGUGGUUCUCCUCCCCAUCCUCACAACAAAUAAAUGAAGAGAGCUUUGUCUCAAA